AUGAAGCCAAAUGAGUUAACAUGGAGCGUGCUUGCAGGAUUGCCCAAAACGUUUAGUAUCCUGAGAAGAAUCCUGGAGGCUUCGGAGAGCGCCAUUAGCUUGGUGGAUGCGAUUCUGCCGAAGCUUUUGGUGCAUGAGCAAGAGUUUUACAAGUCGCCCAAAGAAAAGAGCGGCGGUGGGUCGGACCCCGCAGUGACCUAUGUGGCCGGACGGAAAGGAAAGGAGAAAGUCCACGGCAAGGAUGAAAGCCCGGGCAAAGGGCCCAAGUGCUAUAAUUGCGCAUGGUGCGGUCACAUUGCCCGAAAGUGCAGUAAGCCGGAUAGGCGGGAGCACAACCGGAGCAAAAGAAGGGGGAAAAACCUCCCAAUGGUGUGGCCUUUUGCGUCAUUGAGGGGGGUGUCGACCAAUGAGUGGCUCGUCGAUUCGUGUAGCUCCCAACAUAUAACCGGGGACAAGAGCCUAUUUGAGAUCCUCGAACUGUUCAAGAAGAGUGGCCGAGAAUUUACCUUCGGGGACAAGGGAACCCUAUGGGUAGAGGGGAGCGGCUCUGUCGAGCUGCAAUGGGUGGCGGCGAAUUUGAUCUCGGUGAGCAAGGCCACCGAGGUUGCGUCAGUGAUGUUCAAGGAGAACGGCAGGUAUGAGCUUGAGGUUGACGGGGACGUAGUCCUUGUCGCUCGGAAAGUGAAGGGGGUCUAUGUGGUCAACCGGGCGGCGAAGGACACGUGCUUCUUCGUGAAGAAGCCGGAAACGGCAGAGUUGUGGCACCGACGGUUGGGACACGUCGGGUACGAAAACUUUCAGAAAAUGGUGCAGGGCGACGUCGUGGAAGGGCUUGAGGUGGAACCGAGUGCAUUUAGGGCGCUUGAAACCUCGGUGUGUGAGCCCUGCAUAAUGGGGAAGCAAAGUAGGCUCCCUUUUCCGGGAGCCGAUUCGGUGAGCACGGAGCCUCUUGAGCUAGUCUACAUGGACGUCUGUGGGCCAAUACCGGUAGCCUCGGUAGAGGGAAGCCGGUACUUUGCCACAUUCUUGGACGACUACAGCAAACUCUCGGUUGUAGUCCUCAUGAAGCAGAAGAGCGAGGUGGCCAAGGUCACCGAGCACGUGAUCAACCCGUUGGAGUUGCAGCCGAGGAAGCAGCUCAAGUUGGUGCGUACGGACCGGGGCAAGGAGUACGUCAACAAGGCCUUUAAAGACGUUUUCGGGGGCAAGGGGAUGGUUGACGAGAAUACCGCCCCCAAUAGCGCCAAGCAGAAUGGGUCGGCGGAACGGCCUAUCCGAGUUUUCGGAGGAAAAGACCCGGGCAAUGCUUGA